AUGUAUUCUGCUGCUGAGCCCACGACACUCGCCCUGCUGCUCGCCUGCUCAGGCUGGGCUGGUUUGGUUUGGCCGCCCUCGUCCUCCAAGCCACGCCCGCCACCUCUCGCCACGCUCGCCACCGACCGCCCGCCGAACGCCGACGCCACGGCGGCUUGCCCCCCUUCGCCUGGCUUUGCACCCAACCGUCACUCCCCCCUCGACGUCCCAUCGGAGCGAGUCGAGCUCAACACCAUCAUCUCCGUGACUGCUCCGGCUGGCCCUUCUCGACCCCUUCCCUCGAAAGCGCAACUGCCGCCUACACCAUCUCCUUGCUUCCGGCCCGCUUUGGACUCGCCAGCAUCGGCCGUUGCUCGCCAACUUCGGUCCCAUACCCAGUCACUCGCAAUCGCCCGGUGUCUGUCUUUGCGCGCUCGUUCGUUGCUGGUCCGUAACUCCGCUUCACAUCAUGGAUUCCUCGUAGACUUGCUCAUGUCCGCCUUUCCCUAUUCGACGCAGGCACUCGGUCCACAACUUUGCUACGCCACACGAGCACAGCACAGCCCGGAACGUUUCAGGCCAGAUCAACGCCGGUUUUUGGAUCAAACUACUAGCUCCGGCCAUACAUUCGCCCACGUCGCCAUCCCGGACCACUCGCAGCGAGGCUUCUGCAAGACAAGCGCCAAGAACUGGACGCGCUCGUCUUCUUCUUCUCUUUCGGAUUCAUCCUCUCGGACUACUCUGCUUAGCUUCGACGUUUCUAUUGCUUCGUCGACCUGCGCUGCUGCCACGUUGCUCUGCCUUGCGCUCGAACUGGAACUCGCACACUCGGUUAGGCGUCUCGCUUUGCCAAGCAUCGCGUCGACGGCGUCUUCUUUCAUAUCACCUUCGGCACCCCUCAACAGCACGCACACAGGGGCCGCAGCGACACGACAAUCGCCUCGACCGGCCCGCUCCCGCGCUCCCUCUCCCUUUCAGCCUCGGCGCUGGUCGGUCAGCCUCCUUUCGACCGUCUUCGAAUUCCCUGUUCUGGGCCGCAGCCCACUGCACUCCAUCAGCAUCGACUCCUCUGCUUCCACGCGGUCCCACCCAGCCACCUUCUUCGCGACGCACUGCGGACCGACGGGUCCUUGGCUCCUCAAGAGAGCCCAGAAUCCCCCCACCCCUCCCGACGGAUUCAAGGCGGCAUCCUGCGCAUCUUCAGCCGCAUCAGUGAAGAAGCUCGUCAAGUGCUCGGACGACCGUAGCGUGCAGCUGCUUUCUAUCUCCUCUCGGACGCACUCGUGCAUCGAUCACGCAUGCUCGCACGCGCCACUUGCACAGACCAUUGCUGACCCGGCUGCCCCUCACACGUCUCCGCGAAGCGGACAAGGCCGGUCAUUCGGAUCGAUCACAAUCUGCACAUCGGCACUUCAUAUCGCCAAUUUUGCGAAGAAGCCGAACGCAUCGCCUCCGCUUUCGUGCGGCGAAGCGACUCGCGAGCCCCCUGCCCUUGCUGCGCCCCUUUGCAUGCCUCCGACGCCUGCCUCCUCGUCUCGCAACAGUGUUCUGGAUCUCGAGCUCGGUUGUCCGAGGACCCCGUACGACCCCAGAGCCAAUUACAGGCUGGCAUUGCAACCUCUGACACGAAAUAACCUUAAGCUUGUGUUGCGCAACCUUGUUCUGGCACACGCGCUGCCGCACGGAGGCGGCUCUCUCCUCCUCAGCGUCAUCAAUCUCGGACCGCUCGGCACUGCCACGGCACCGCAAGGACACGGAAUUCACGGUACAGUACUCAAAGAUCCCCCAGACGGCAAAGCACGUCCUGUUGUUGUCGCCAAUCUUUUGCUGCUAGUCCCACUCGCCCGGCCCUCCCUACGACGGCUGCCUGCGCCCGCCCAGUCCAAGCCUCUGCCCAUCCUACCCUUCUCCGCUCCGUCGGCUUCCUCUUUGACUCGGCUUCCCCCCAUCCCCUGCUUCGACGAGCUUGUCCUGCACAAGGUUUCGACUCGACCUCGAUAUAUCGGUUGCCCGGUGCUGCGAGAGCCUGCAUUGCUCCUGUCACCGUCGCCUCUCCGCGGAUCCGGUUCUACACACGAUUCUGCCGCCCAAAACCUCCGAAGCCACCACCCGCCAAGGCGAAGCCGACGGUUGCUGGACAACGUCUGCGCCAACAGUCCCCCUGCACUUCUCUUCCUGCUUGGACAAUCGCUUUGCGGCCAGCCAAUCCACUGCACGUCGCUCGAGAGGAUCAUAUCUACGCGGGAGAGACAUCGCAAUCCGCACUCGUCCACCCACUGCUCUAUCUUCGCCCCAUCUUCAUCGCUUCUAAGCUAA